UGUUAUUCUUAGAACAAAAUGGCUGUUGCGCUAAAUCUGCACCAUGGAAACCAGGUGUUGAAAUUUUCUGACUUGUUAAUCGUAAAAGUGGAGUUAUAUUAAUUUUUUUCAUCACACAGUAUGUCUAAUCCAAAUGUCAGGACGCGCGUAUCACUUUUACGUAAAAGAAAAGACUCAAAAAAAUCUUUGUGUAAAAGAAGUAACUCAACAUCACGACGUAUCAAUGAUGCCUUGCGUGUUGCUUUGGACAGCCGUGUGAACUCUGAGGCAUCAUCUAGCAGCAUCUCGGCUACAACUCAAGAGACUGUCAGCAACAGCCCCACAAUUACCACUGCUGCCAGUUCAGCCACUAGCGGCAGUAGCAGUAGUAGUAGUCCCAGUAAAAGUUACUCAGGUUUUGCUGCCAUAGAAGACUUACUUUUCUUCUCCCUCGGUGAAUCGUCAACAAGUUCAGCUGAACCUGGUAGAAGGGGUGACACCUUAUCCCCUAACAAUCGUGCUACUCUGAAAGAAACUUGUGAAGUUAGUGCACACCCAUCUUCUGAAGACUUGCCUAGGAGUGACAGUUAUAAGGAAGUGCCAAGUGUAACGGGGGUUGUGAAGAAUAACUUUGUCUUGUUAGUUGGGGAGAGUGAUAAUCCUGGAGAGGGGUCAUCUCAGCACAUCAUGCCAUACCAUCUCAGAAGAAAGUCACCUGGGCUCAGACUCAAGAGUCCUUCAAUAAGUCCAGGAGUUGAUUCAUCCAAUCAAAUUAAGCUUAUGAACUCUGCUUUAAAUUUAUCUGCAUCAGGAUCAGGUUUGGUGGACCAAACUUCUUCUGCAUCAAAUAUUUUUCCCACGUCUGAGUCUAGUACCAGCGGGUGCAAGAUCUACCCAAUUGCUGCUGGUUCUUCAGGAAGCUCGGGAAGAUUGCUUGAAGAAGUAUCUACAUCAGCAGGAUUUAGUGUCUGCUCUCCGUCGUUAGGGGGCCAUGCUAUGGGCAUCAACAAUCCCCCUAAUCCUCCUAUACCCAGCACACCAUCCACCCCUGGCCCUUCUCAGCAGAUGGUUCCACCUUCUGUUUUGCCUUCGUCCGAUCGAUCGUUGUCUGUUCCAUUUAGUACUCUUGCAAACAACUUCAUUAGCAUCAACACUCAUAAUAUCCUUGCUGCUUCCAACCUUGUACAUAGUGUAAAUAGUGGCAUUAGUAAAAACAGCAGCUCCAACAGCUCCUUAAAUCGUUCAAGACAAGCCGAUGAGCUCAUGCAAUUCAUAUCAUCCAGUCAAUGUAGUAACCAUCCAAGUUUGCAGGCUUCUAAUCAAGUUCCACCUCACCAGUCGCUUUCUAUCCUAACAGUGUCGUCUUUGUCAAACUUGUCAACUCUGUCAAUGCCUACUCUCCCUAUGUCAACUUUAUCUAACAGUAGUUUAGCACCUCCCACCUCACACCAACAGCUGCUCACCAUUACGUCUGCUACAGGAACCAGAACAUCUGCUUCUUCUGCACUGUCAUGCUCUUCCAGGGGCGGUUCUCCAAGUUCCCUGGUUAUAGGGACUCCAUCAACCUCAGCUGCGGCGCCGUCAUCUCCAUCCUCACUCACUUCACCCUCACUUGUGUCCGUUUCUUCACUUUCACCUUCCAUGCUGCCUGCUAGAAAACGGCCUCGAAGAACUUAUAAUUCAGAUGCCGCAUCUGCUGCUGGACCCUCAGUUCCAGCCGCCACUCCUGCUGAACCCAGUGACGGUAUAGGAACUUCUCCACUGUCACCUUCAUCCCCCAACUCCCUUUCUCCAUCACCCAACUCCUGUUACGCAACUCUGCCACAAGCUUCUGCUGCUGUCCACUUCUAUUACCCUAGCAGCGCUGCCCACUAUCUCCUCUAUGCCCUCAGUGACGAGGUGCUUCUCUAUGUUUUUUCCUUCCUCUACGAGAAAGACUUGAGCCGCGUGGCGCAAGUGUGCAAGCGCUUCCACACUAUUGCCACUGAUACAGAACUCUGGAAAAGGCUUUACCAGGGACUUUAUGAAUAUGAUUCGCCUCUGUUUCAUCCGGGGCCAGGCAAGUUUGAGUUUGUUUCUCCUGAAGACAGCGAGUAUGAAAACCCUUGGAAGGAAAGCCUUAAGCAGCUUUACCACGGAAUACAUGUGCGUCCUAAGCAUCGCGUGCACGACAGUGGCCGGUCUGUCAUCAUUGAGGAUUCGAUACCUAAAGCCUUCUUAAAAGCUGAGGAUCAAGAGAGACCUCUUGUCUUUGUGCACCAGGGCACUCACAAGGGGGAACAGGUCGUCAUCGAGAACAAUAUCAAUGUCAUCGGAGCCGCGCCUGGCAACGUGGCCGAGAACGUGAUCAUCGAACACGACCGCGAGUCCAGCGUCGUGCUGGGGCCAAACUCGCGUCACUCGUAUCUUGGAUACGUGACAGUGCGCUUCUGCCCUGCCGCCGGCACGGAGAGCAACCACGGCACCAAGCACUACUCAAUGGAGGUCCAGGGCAACUGCUCGCCUCUCAUCGAGCACUGCAUCAUUCGCAGCCUGUCUCACUUGGGUGCAGCAGUGAGUGUAUCAGGAGUAGGUGCAGAACCUACCAUCCGCAGAUGCGAGAUCUCAGACUGUGAGAACGUGGGUCUCAUAGUGACAGAUCGCGCCCAAGGCUUGUACGAAGAUAAUGAGAUCAGCCGUAAUGCUUUGGCUGGCAUCUGGGUGAAGAAUUAUGCUAAUCCUAUCAUGCGACGCAAUCACAUCCACCAUGGCAAAGAUGUGGGCAUCUUCUGCUUCGAUGGUGGACUGGGUUACUUUGACUCCAACGACAUCCAUAACAACCGCAUCGCUGGAUUUGAAGUGAAGGCUACCGCCAACCCCACAGUCGUGCACUGCGAGAUUCACCACGGCCAGACGGGCGGCAUUUACGUGCACGAGCAGGGAAUGGGCCAGUUCAUCGAGAACAAAAUACACUCAAAUAAAUACGCCGGGGUAUGGAUCACGGCGCACAGUAAUCCCACUAUCAGGAAGAAUGAGAUCUACAACGGCCACCAGGGUGGAGUUUACAUCUUCACUGAUGGCCGUGGGCUCAUCGAACACAACAACAUAUAUGGUAAUGCUCUAGCGGGCAUUCAGAUCCGUACUAACAGCGAUCCCAUCGUGCGGCACAACAAGAUCCACCACGGGCAGCACGGCGGUAUCUACGUCCAUGAGAAGGGCCAGGGGCUCAUAGAGAACAAUGAAGUCUAUGCCAACACCCUGGCGGGGGUCUGGAUUACUACUGGUAGUUCUCCUACACUUCGUCGCAAUCGCAUCCACUCCGGCAAGCAGGUUGGCGUCUACUUCUAUGACAACGGACAUGGACUGCUGGAAGACAAUGACAUUUUCAAUCACCUUUAUUCUGGCGUCCAGAUUCGCACUGGCAGCAACCCAAUCAUUAGACGCAAUAAGAUCUGGGGCGGUCAGAACGGCGGAGUGCUCGUCUACAACGGCGGCCUUGGAGUGCUCGAGCAAAACGAAAUAUUCGACAAUGCCAUGGCCGGCGUCUGGAUCAAGACAGACAGCAACCCAACCCUCAGGAGAAAUAAAAUUUUUGAUGGCAGGGAAGCUGGCAUCUGUAUCUUCAAUGGAGGGAAAGGACUGCUGGAGGAAAACGACAUUUUCCGUAAUGCUCAAGCAGGCGUGCUGAUAUCUACCCAGUCGCACCCAACACAAUCUCACCCUGUGCUGAGCCGCAACCGUAUAUUCGACGGCCUGGCCGCCGGUAUUGAAAUAACCAACAACGCCACAGCCACUCUAGAGCACAACCAGAUCUUUAACAACAGGUUUGGCGGGCUCUGCCUCGCCACGGGGGUCUCGCCCACACAAAAAGGUAAUAAGAUUUACGACAACCACGACGCGGUAGAGAAAGCUGUGUCUGGGGGCCAGUGUCUGUACAAGAUCUCGUCUUACACCAGCUUCCCCAUGCACGACUUCUACCGGUGCCGCACAUGCAACACAACUGACCGUAAUGCCAUUUGCGUCAACUGCAUCAACACGUGCCAUAGUGGGCAUGUUGUGGAAUUCAUACGGCAUGACAGGUUCUUCUGUGAUUGUGGUGCAGGCACCUUGAGCAACCAGUGCCAACUGCAGGGGGAGCCUACGCAGGACACCGACACUCUUUAUGAUUCAGCGGCGCCAAUGGAAAGUCAAAGCCUAAGUGCUGAUGGCUAAUGCACGUACUUUAUAUGGAUACCUUGAAAAUAUUACUGCUGCCAGGUCAUGCUUCUAAUACAGUUCUUAACACGAGUAGCUUGACGCAGGAUGUUUUUUAUGUCGUAACUAGUGUCGGGUCACUAGGCAUCUGCCAUUGAAAUAACGUUGCUUAAACGUUUCUGAAUCAAUCCAUAAUCAACGUCAUAUCAACGUCAUUUGCCUGAAGGGUUAUGUAUAGGCUAUGCUACACUGAUUUACGUUUUUGUGCGACUUGAGGUUAUCACUCCUAAAUGGCAUUUUGGUUUGUGUGGUUUCAGAGACUGUUAAUUACUCACCUUUCAGUUUUGCUGUCCUAUGACCAAUUCAGUACCCCACUAAACUGAGUCUGGGCUAGAGAGGAAAACGUUGCUUUAGUAAGAUUAAAAAUAAUAUCGUUUCAUGUAAUCAGCCCUGAUUAUGUCGUGCAAUGGAAUUAGGUGAGUAAUUUACGUAGACAUUGAACCCAGUUGAUGUUUUGCAAAAUUAAAACUGCCUUUUCUUUCGGAUGUCCAUAUAAAUUUUCAUUCACUUUUUAUACUCGUAUAACAAAAAUUCUCUUGGAAGUUUAAAUUUUUAGUAUAUUUUGUUCAUGUACAUGUGCUCUUAAUUUCGAAGGGAUUACCUAGACCUGUUGCUUUUUGAGCUGAGCUUCUGAAUCAUUUAAGGUGUUGGAAACCCCUUUAAUUUUGCUCAUCUUCAAGCUUACAUAUUUGCUACUUUAUUCAUUGUAUCAUUUAAGUAUAUAUACAUGAUAAAAAAAUAAAUUCUAGCAUAGCUUUAAAAUUAAAAUUAAGAAUUAGCUGAUGACUUCCUUCUUUACAACGUGUCCGGAUACUAACAAGCUCCUUGGUGAUUUACAACUGAAAUCUGAUUAGCAUUGAUUUGACCCCCAAGACUUUCAAGUAUUAUCCGAGAUUUUCUGUCGAAUUCCGAUUUUUUUUUUAAAUAAUUUGGUCAGCUUGUUCAUGAAGUGACUGCUGAAUACAGUGAAUUUUAGUUGAUAAGUUUUUUGCGAGACUGAGACCACCAAUACAAUCUCGGAUGUUCUUCUCAGGUAUCCACUUGUGAAAUAUAACUCACUGUAUGGUUCAUAAGUAAUCUAUUGAUCCUGAUUUGUAAACUGUAAGUGAGGAUGAUAAUGGAAAUAGCAGAACUGGAAUCUCUGGAAUUGGAUUGACACCUAAAUAGUUCACGGUAUUUUUUCUCGUUUGUGUUGAAUUUCAUAUAUAUGUUAAGUGAUCAUUUCACGCUACCAAGUUCAUACUACCGGCAUGCUGAAAUAACCUCUGUAACUAUUGCAAAUUACAGUGCUUUCUACGGCAUGAAAGCUGCUAUUUUACGAAAGGCUUACAGUUAAAAGUCUCUUUUUUAUGUAAAAAGUUAGCUGUGCCAUUUUGAGAGCCCUGCACGUAGAGAAAAAUGGUAGCAAGCAAGUGGUAUGUCCUGUACCUUAGCUUUUGUGUCUUGUAUACAUGUAUAAAUUUCAUUACCGCCAUGUACGUGUUCCUGAAAUUAGUCGAGUUAGUCUUUCGAUAUAUGCCGUGUAUUUCUGAAAUAAUAACUUUAUUAAGCUGUGUUCCCUUGCAAGGCUUAUUCUCGUGUUCUGAUUUUAGUUUUGUCAGCUUUACAAUUUUGGGAAGACAUUUCAAUGUUUUUCUGCAAGUAACACUUCACUGGAACGCUGCAUUUGGGUAGCAAUUGAAUUAUAAACACGCUGCAAGAUAUUAUUACAAUUAACAAGUGGGUGUGUUUUGUGUAUUUUGUAUGGUAGUGACUGCUAAUCGUACACUUAUACUGAGCUAUGUGUUAGUUGUAAGUGGCAAUGCAGCAAAGAAAUAAGGAGUUCUAGGGUUAAGAGUUUUUACGUGUUUUUUGAACACUGUUGAUGUGCAAUAUUCAAGCCGUGCAUUCGUGGGCCUGUCGGUGCUGAACAGGCUUACUUUGAUGACAAUUAAUCAAUGUUAUCUUACCAGAAGGAAAUUUCCCAUGUUAGAUGAAAGGCUAUUGAACGUACUUGAUCAUAUCCUGCUUGGUUUGAUUUUGUAUAUCAUCGCAUGCUUGGGUUACAGUAAAUCGAUUUUGUACAUCUACCUAACAACAGGCGUUUUAAUUUGUUCUGAUCCACAGUUUUUCCCCAAAUUGGAAGGGGAUAACAUUUGAUCUAAUUGUUCAUCAUUACUGAAAAUUAAUGUAAGAUAUGCUAGAUUCACACGCUGCAGUAGGUUCUUUGUGCAAUAUGAAUAAAUACCUCAUGAGUGUCGAAAGCAAUAGGAUUGCGUUGCUACGCUUUCUCAGUUGCUUCAAGUGGCUUCGUUAAUAUUUUUUAAGAAACUUCUUACAAUCUUCAUCUACCAACAAUUUAUCAAGUUUUCUUUAUAUUCUCACGGGCUAAUAUGAAUUAUAUUCUAACUUUUUCUCGUGAUAGUUCCCCCUUAUAAAUGUUGAGCAUCGUAGACUUAUAAAUCCAAUGCUGACUUAUUCCUUUCACAGAACUCAACCUCAAAAUUUUUAUUUGACUCGCAACAUUAACCCGUGAAUGUGACUCGUAUGUGGAUUUAAUGACAUCACUUGAUUUAUAUCAUGGGCUAAACAAGGCAUUUAUUUAUACAUUGACGGGACCUUGAUUUAAGGUCACUGGCGCCAUAUAUUGUUAUUCCGGAAAGCAGAACAAAUAUGUUUUUGGGGUCUGGAAUGCAUUUUGGAAUCAUCUUUUAUGUCCAAUUUAUGUUUUGCAAUCAUUUGUUGAUUCGUCACUGUGAUUCCGUUAUCAAUUGAACUUUCAUUUCAAAUCCGAAGCAUUGCGAUUUUCUUCGCCCUCUCAGGGUUUACAAUACACAUUUUCCCCCAGAUAAUUUGCUGCGAAAAAAAUUCAUAAAUUUACACUUCCAUUGAUUUCCAGUUAAACUCUAAAUACUAUGUAUAUAUAUUAAGGAUCAAUCAAAAUGUUACGUCUUUAGCGCCGACUGCUCUAGAGACAUUUAUGCCCCUUACCUUUAAUAUCAUCGAAUGGUAUCCUAAAUUUAUGUCUAAAGCUUCUUCUAAUUAUGGCUAUGCAUCCUCGAGGGAUCUGCCUUUGUGUGUGUAAAAUAAGGAAUUAACCGUUCAUGUUUUUUGCCCUUAAUUUCUUUUCCCUGGAUAUAAAUCAGUCUUAAAAUAUUCAUAAUAUGUUGAAUUUAUGGCUGCUGUAUUUCUUCACGUUUAAUGUUGUUCUUAUCUACGACUAAAUUUGCAGUUUCUGCCUGGUUGUGUGAUCAUAAACCAUCAGCUAUCAAGGAAGAACAUUAAUUAUUUUGUAAGAUUUCAGUCUGUUUUUGUGCAAUUUUUCUGCUGUUAGUUUGCAAUGAAUUUGAUGCUGAUGUUCAUGGAUUACUUAACCAAGGAUGUGAGAGGAAACUUCCCAGGUUAUAACUUGAAUUCAUUGGUGUUUGUUGACUUAGCAUUGAUCAUUGAUGAAAUUUGUUGACGUCAUUGUUAUUUCAACGUUGUUUGUUUAGAAAGCUUUUUAUUUCUUGAACGUUUAAUUUGGGUGUACCAUGUAAAUUUUACGUAGAGUUAUUACUUUAUUCCGCUGAUCUUAGUUUGUACAGUUUGUAAUGGGUAGCUCGUCUCAGCCUUUGGCAGGUUUCGUAGGUUUUUUUAUUCGCCUUUGUCGUGGUGGUAUUUUUUGAACAUAGAUACAACAAAUCUGCCUCUGAGACGAUGGCAAUGAGUAUGUGAGUGUUGUACAAAUAAUCGUGUAGCUUGUAUCCUUAUUCUUACAAUGCACUAGCCAUACAUUCGUCGUUAUUAUCGAGCCCUCGUGCAGGAUUUGACAUUUGUUUUCUAUGUAAACAUUGCCAUUAGCAAUGCUGUCGUAGUCCUAGUAUACUUAUCACGCCGCAAUUUCAAUGAUAGUUUAUUUCGAUUGUUCUCAGGUUUGCUAGAUCUCAAUCCCAUAAUUGGCUGAUUGUUGCACUAUUUCUAACCAUUUCCGAUAUCAUUAUACCAACAACUUACUAUUGUUUUUGACGUUUCCCUUUUUAGAUUGAAUCAGUUGUAAAAGUGUGAAAAUUUAGGUUACGAACUCGAUUCAAAUAUCAAAUAGAGAUAAUUAAUUGAAAAUCUCAGGUUGGAAGAAGGGUUGGGUUAACGACCCAGUAUUGUAGCCCGACUACCGACUGUUGAUGGGGUUUGAAUAUUUUACUUUAGAUUGAAAAUUCGUUGACUUCAGUUCGAAUAAAUGAUCAUGGCCUCUCAUUUCAUGAUAUAUUUUACUAAACCGUCGCUUCAUGAAGGAAAUUAAGGGAUUUUCUUGAUUUUAAUUAUGUUUAGUUGAAGUUUUUCCCAACCUAUCGAGUGUUUGUGAACGAAUCGGGGUUCGCUAGCCUAAUUUUUUGUGGUAAUUAUUUUAAUCCAAAAUGAUCGAGUAAAUCUGCAUUAGAGCUCACGUAAGUUUUAUGUCGGAUAAAAUGUGUUGUAAGAAGUGUGGGCGUGAGCAUGGUUGUUAGUAUUUGCAAUGCACCUCGUGUAUGUGAAUGAGUGUAGUAUUCUAGCAUUAGUUGUUUCUCACGUACAAUAGUAAAUCUUGGUGCCAACGAUGUCCCCUUCCUUUCCUAAACCCUUCUCUUUAUUUUUAAUUUUAACGUUUGUUUCUUGCAAUAGCUGCUCUCUUAUGUACACUCCUAACUUUAUCUUGAUUCAUUGCAAGGCCUUAAACGAGUAUUGAUAUACGAGUCUUUUAGCCAAAUGUUUCUUUUGCAGUAUGUCCGAACUGACCAGGAAAACGCAGAACAUUUAAUAGUCGAAAUUUUAUUCUAAAUUUACUUUUCUUAAUCUGUUCUUUAUCAAAACCGUUUGUUGACAACCAGCAUAUUUAUAUUCUAUUGCGUGCCGCAUUCGUCGAGGGAGUUGACACAUGGCUCUCUGAGCGUGUGGCUCAGGCGGUUAAACUCGACAGAAUUACUCUUGAUAAAUAAAAUUCUGCACUUACAUAUAUUGCAAUCAUGAUGUUCCACGAACUGAAAACUUUUAUAUACUUCAUGCGUUGAGAGUCUUCUGGUGCUGCGUGCGAACUUCAUACUCUGUCACUAACCAUUUUGACGAUUUUUGAUGCGUUUCACCCCUAAUUAAAAACCUAAUGCGCUGUCAACAAAUUGGAAUUUUUUCAAUGCAGAGUAUUUUAUUCGUUUUGUUUUUUGACUUGAUUUCAUGCAGGCCUUUGUUGUAGGCUCAUCUUACAUGCCUCUUCUACUGAUGUUAUCUUAAGUUCUGGUUAUUAUGUUAUGUUCUAACCUAGAGUGAAGAGUAUUUUCCUAGCUUGAAGUUACGUGCAAUACGAUGGUAAGAUUUCAAUUGUUUGAAAUGUUUCUAUCUCGCUCUUGAAAGUUUCGUAAAUAUGAAUGCAUAAACUCUAUCUUUUUUAUCGACUUUUUUGCAAUUAUGAAGCUUGAAAAGAGUACAGUCUCGCAAACUAGUUACUCGUUAUCACAAAAACUUGAAUGUUUCUAGUAUCUCUACCAGUAAUUUCAGAUCUAACACCAAAUUGAAGUACGAGUUUCUGUGACACUAGUGGGUUGAGUAGAAGCAAUCGUGUUUUUGUUGGCGCUACUUUGUUAGUUUUUAUGUCGUAAGUUUCGUCUUUGUCGUAAGUUGAUGCCGAAACAUUUAGUUCAGGGCAGGAAUUUUUUAAUUUUCAGGCAUUCACGCCAACUCACAGAUCUUUAUUUCCAUCUCGUCUUCUUCCAAGAUUUUCACUGUUAAUUGAACUACAUUUGUAUUUGUUGCAUUAUUUGUACUUUUUAUUUGGUUUCUAACAUACUUGAUUAUUUUUUAUGCUUUUCUGGAAUUGGUUUAGUGUAAUUUGGUGUUAAUAUAUCCCAAUAAUUAAAUGAAAUCCAUUCACUACAUAAAUACAUUUUCUUGGUUAGGUGCAAUUUCAUUUAUAAUAGGUAUGAUUACUCUCAAUGUGAAGCCUCCGGAAAUUAAAUCUGUUCUGAUUCAAAUGGAAGUCGGUCGCUUGUAAAGAACUUCAGAUGCUUCGAAAUAAAUUCCAUCAAAUGGAGCCACACACUUGUACCGAACACUCGAGGUUUGUGUGUAUCUUAGAUGUCAAAAAUGUUUCCUAUUUCGAAGUUUUACAAGUUAUAAACUAUAGAUAUUGUUAGCUCUGUUUACUUUGUUUUCAAGCUCUAACAGUACGUGUUUAUUUUGUGUCAUUUCAAUUAUUGAGUAGAACCACUGCAGUGGUUAACUCGGUUGUUUCUUCCUCUAAGAUUUGUUACCGUUAACUACUCCCGUAAAAGCAAAUGCUCUAUUGGUGCAGCAUUGCUAUAUAUGUGCUCUAUGUUUUAUAGGAGUGUUUCACUAAGUUACCCUUUAAUUAUUACUACUACUAUUAUUAUUGGUGUACAGAAGUGCACACCGUCGCUGGUUAUUCCGUAAAGAAGCUUUAAUAUUCACUUGCUUGUUUACAUUUUACUGUUGGGUUCGUGUACAAAAGUUGAUGUUUAUGUAGACUCUUUGUGUAUCUGCUAGAGUAAUUAUAUUCUUAGGGUAACACUACUGCAGCAGCUCGUAAGAAAUACGUUAGUUUUCAGGCGGUAAUCCAUCAAUAAAAUAAUAAAGAUUC